AUGCGACUGGCGGCGGCGCGGCCGCGGCCCGAGCUAGGAUUGGCGGUUAGGCUUGCCAAUCCUCCCGUCGUAAACACCGCCCUCCCGAGUUGGCAUCCCUCUGGGCGCCCUCCGGCUUUCUUGUCUCCCUCGCAGCAGCCUCCCCCCCCCCGCCCCCAUUCCCUUCUCCGGCUCUCGUCACCCCGCCUUCCCUCCCUCCCUCCCUCCCUCGCCCGGCCGCGUUUGGCCUUGUCGGCGUCAGCGGCAGCUGUCGCUGCGGCGUAGGAAGCGAAGCGGUCUGGCGGCGGCUGUGGUGGGGACUCUCCAAAGCCAGUCGGCUCGGCCCGUUCGCUCUUCCUCCCCGUCUUCGUCAAGGGGGCCCCUGGUGGCCUCGAGGAGAAACCACGGGCGUUCUGGGCCGGUGGGGGCGGCGGCAGGUGGGGGCCACUGCUGCUGCCGCCGCGAGCCCCGCCCCUCCAGCAGGUAAGGCGCACAGACGAGCACCCCCGCUUCACCUCUUUGCCCACUAGACACGUCGCUAUUUCAGGACUGAAAGCGCUACCCCCCCUCCAAGCUCUUAUAAGCCGGCACGCCCCCCUCCCACCGCAUCUUGACAGGUGAGGAUAAAUUUACACCCACCCCCAUUUCACUCCACCAAAGGUGUGGGAGCCUCUUUCUAGCUCCCUCUUUCUCCGCCGAAACCCCCCCCCCAGCCGCCGCCGCCCCGCCUUCAUUACAGCCAAGAGAAAGAUUUAAAGCUCAUUUUUCUAGUCUAGUGGACACAUUUACAUUUCUCAAAUGGCACCUACUUCCCGUUUAAGGUGGUGGUGGGGGGUGGCGGUGGCGGAUGCAAAUAGUUUAUUGCUCAUAUAGGCCAAGUCCAUACAUGCAGAACAGGUGCAUACGCAUUUCACGCUCUGUAUGUUAUAGGAAUAAGCUUUUGCACCUGUUUGAAAUUGGGUUUCUAUAGGCCAGGGUAUACUUGCAGACAGAUGUAUACACUCAUGCACAUGUUUAUGUUGUAGGGAUAAGCUUUCGUAUCUGUACACAGUUACAUCUGUGUUAAAAAAUGCUAUGCAUUUAUAGUAUUAUAUAAAAUCUUGUAGUAUUUUGCACAUGCCUCAAGGAAGCUAGCCAUGUUACAUAUUUUUACGUCAUAAAGCAAUGUGUGUGGGUUUUUUUGUUGGCUGUCUUGAGGGUUAUGUGAAAGGCAAGUUAAUAUGAUUUUUAAAAUUUAUAUACAUGGACUUUUGUAUAGAAACGUUAUUAGUUCUGAGCGUGAGAUUAUAUACAAUCUUGCGCCUUUUGUAUAAAUGUCACACAAUAACAAAAAUUGCAUGCAUAGAAAAUUAUUUUAUAUCCUUGUAAAAAUGUAUUAAAAUUAAUAGUAUCUGCAUGUGGGCGGUAUGUACACACACACACACACACACACACACAGACACACAAACUAUUACAGUUGUAUGUGUUUACAUGUAUGGAAUUGUUGUACAGGAGUUGGUUGGAAAGGAAAGGGAAAUUAUAACAGUGACUCUUUCAUUGACCUAUAUUCCCUCUCAUGAAAAUUAUAAGUGCAGUUCUGCUACAUCAGAGUGCAGCAUCCUACCUCAUGUAGUACCUGUUGGUUGCUUCCAGAAGGCCAGCAAGUUGGAUUUCAAGGCAUCCCUUGCCCUUUGACUUUCCCUACUAGUGCCCCCUUGCAGCAUCUUUUAUCUCAUGGAAUACUGCCCCUGACCAUGGAGGUUCCAUCAAGCCCUACAUGUGGUGAUUGGCUUUGACUUCUGCCUUCCUCCAUGAAUCUGUAUAAUUUCCCUUUUAAUACCAUGUUGAUAAUGAUAAUAUAAACCUUUAGUGUGUUCAGGUUCAUCAGAUGUUUUCUCAAACUGCAUGAUAGGGUGAGGCAGUACACAUACAGGCAUCCCCCCACUUGUGCAUGAUUGACUUGCACGUGAUCAUAUAUACGUGCAGCGCCAAGAAAAGUUUUAAUAGUUUAAUUCAUACUGAAAAUGGAGAGAGCGAGCUGGAGAGCCCUUGUGGCUCAUAAGGAGACCCUCCCUAGAGCCCAAGGAGGAUGUCUAGAGAGGGCAGAAAAGAGACUGGAGGUGCAACAGUUCUUUGUUUAGGCUGCUUAGCCUCCCCCCUAACAGCUGAUGCAUGUGGUAGUGCAGCAGCAGAUUCUUUUCCGCAUGUCCUCCAGUCUCCUGCUGACCCCAGUGCUUCAAUUCCAGUUGUGGAUAUUUUUGGUACAGGGUUGUAUUUUUUUUUGGAGAGUAGUAUUUUGGAGAGAGAGUGGCUUCAUAGUAUUGCCUUCUGCUACUGUUUUUUAAAUCCACUGCUUGCUUCCAUUUGUCAACUCUUUAAAGAUUGUCUAAGGCAGGGGUGUCAAACUCAAAUUCAUCGGGGGCUGCAUCAGCAGUUUGGUCACCCUCAAAGGGCCGGUUGUAUCGGCCUAAAAUAUUUGAGCAGGCUGAGACCCCUGAUGGGCUUUGACAUUUAAAUGGUGUGUGUGUGGCAUGUGAUAAAUUAUGUGACGUUCGAGCUGGUCUUUGACCAGUAAUAAAUUAUGAUGAUGAUGAUGAUGGUGAUGUGAGGUGGGGCCUACCUGCCCCCCCUCAAUAUUUUAUUCAGGCUGACACCCCUGUUAUGAAAGAUUACUAAAGUCUGCCCCUGUGGUGAUGUAUCAUAACAUUGUGCAGGCCCAGUCUGAGGGCACCUUUACCGGACUGCGUCCUGUGGCUGGGGCUUGUCUGCGCCUUCUCUUCCUUCUCCGCCUGUUGCUGCCUCCUCCCUGUGCCAGGCGCUGGUGGGGGGGGGGGGGAGAUGUGCUGGUUGCACCCCAGUUUCUGACGGGGGCCAAUGCUGCUUGUUCCUCCCUCUGCUUUUCAACACUGCAAUAUAUCGCUACCGUAUCACAACAUCACUAUCACAAUGUUGAAAAGUUGGUAUCGUCUGCUUUUAGGGGCUGAGGGGCUUACUCAGUACAGACAGGGGCACUCCUAGGAAUUUAUUGGAUUUCAAAUCCCUGGAUUUCAAAUCCCAUUGAGGGGGGGCAGGGGUGGACUUUGGUAAUAUGGCACCCACCCUGAGUGAGGACAAAAUUUGGUGCCCCCUCCAAUAGAAUAAAUAGGCAUCGUUAUCAUUAUUUUGUGCUCCCUUGGCUCGGGGCGGGUGAGGCACCUGCACGGCCCCAAAUCUGGCGCUGGUGGAGGAAGCACAUUUCCACGAUGGGCCGAGCUGCCCCUGUGGAUCCUGCUGCCUGAGGCAGCCACCUCCCCUUGCCCUCCGUGGCAAGCCGAGGCCGAGGGGGACGUUCGCUUGCCCAGGCGCCGGGCUCCCAUCCACUUGCUCCAGAGCGCCCGCUGCAGCCCUGCUGCCAGCAGCCAUCGGGGAAGGCGGCCGGCCGGGCUCCGGGGCUCGGUGGGGCCCGCCGGCAGAGGGCGGGGCUGCGCCUUGCCUGGGCAUGAAAGCCCUGCUGGCACGUUGUUUCCCACGCCGUGCAUCCGUGCCGCGCUCCCGCCUCCAUCUCGGCUCGCUCCCUCCCAUCCUCCACCUCCGUGCCUCGCCUGCCAGAUUCGUAUCCCUGCCCGGCAGCGGCGGCGGUGGCGCAGCGGAGGCCGAGCAUGGCGCCAGCAGCGGCUGCUGGGGGGUGCGGAGGAGCGUCCAGCUGGGCAGCUCCGCUCAGCUUGCUGCUCCUCGUGCUGGGCGCCUCCUGGGCGGCACGCCCACCGGACCGGAGCGGCCGCCAGAGACGUGGCAUGCCGCGGGACGAGGCGGGCGGCCUGCGGGGUCAUGCCGGUGGGGGACCUCCGGAGGCGGCCUCUCUGCUCACCACCUCCUUCGUGCUGAAAGGCGACGUGGUGCACAACCAGGCAAUGGUGCACUGGACGGGCGAGAACAGCAACGAGAACGGUGGCUACACGGGCCACAUGACAAGGUCUGGCGGGCCAGAUUCGGCCCGCAGGCCUUGUGUUUGACACCCGUGGUCUAAGGCAAAAAACCCCACUCUGUUUCCUAUUUAGUAAUAAAUAACUGACACUUAGCCAGUGCCUUGACAUUUGUCACGGUUCUCUGGGUGCCACAUGACCCAGAAAGCUGUCUGUGGACAAACACCAGCUCUCUCGGCCUGAAAGGUGAGACGAGCGCUGCACCCCAUAGUCAUCUUUGACUGGACUUAACCGUCCAGGGGUCCUUUACCAUACCUUUCCUAAUAGCACCUGAGAUGAUUAGCUCAAAGCAAGGCUAAUCCUGAAAUGCUCAUUAAGUUGUCAUGGCAGUGCCCCCUACUACUUGUGCCAACCUUAUAUCUUAUAUGUCUUCCCAAUGACAGGGGGGAAACAGACUUUUAUCUCACAUAUAGAGCCCAUUCCCAUCCACCUAACAGAAUCAUAUAAAUUCUCCUUUUAGGCUGAGGAUUCUCACUAGUUAUUUUACUGGAGCCAUGGUAAUAAAUUGUGUUUUAUGUCAAGUGGACAUCCAGUAUCUCUAGAAUAUAUUAUUUGAGGUUGUUGCAACCUCUGUCAUAUAUAGCCUACUGUUCUGAUGCAUCCCUUUCAGAGGUGCAAGGGCUCAGUUCUGCCUGCUAGCUGUGUGAUUUGAAUGUUUGUUCUCUGUAGCUACUCAGCAUCAUAAGGUAAAGGUAAAGGGGACCCCUGACCAUUAGGUCCAGUCAUGGCCGACUCUGGGGUUGCAGUGCUCAUCUUGCUUUACUGGCCAAGGGAGCCGGCAUACAGCUUCCGGGUCACGUGGCCAGCAUGACUAAGCCGCUUCUGGCGAACCAGAGCAGCGCAUGGAAACGCCGUUUACCUUCCCGCCAGAGCGCUACCUAUUCAUCUACUUGCACUUUGACGUGCUUUCAAACUGCUAGGUUGGCAGGAGCUGGGACCGAGCAAUGGGAGCUCACCCCGUCGCAGGGAUUCGAACUGCCGACCUUCUGAUCGGCAAGUCCUAGGCUCUGUGGUUUAACCCACAGCAUCAUAGCAAAAAGCAAAUUGUCAUAUAUUUAAUGUAAUCACAAACCAGUGUGUGCCGUAUCCCAUGUGCUGACAUGUGAGGGCUUCUUGCUUGCCUUUGUGAUUGCCAUGUUUCUUUACCCAAUAUUGCCACCCACCCCACCCCAGUACACCUGUCUCUAGCCCCCUCUGUUACAUUUUCAUUAGUCUAUAGAACAUGUAUAUAAUUUUGCUGAAGGUAGACUGGCAGAGGAACAAUGACUGUGUUUGCUAUUGAUGAAUGUUAAUGUGUAACUGGGGCAAUUUCAUUCUUGAAAUAAGUACUUUGGGACAAAGUGGAAUGACAGUGAUGGCUAUUUUGCAGCUUUUUGAGCACAAAUGUGUUUGUGUAACAUGUAUGUAAAUAAAUUGACAGUGACCAUUGUGGCUGCAAGCAUAAACAUAAAUUUGUCAGGGCAUUCUUCCAUUCUUCUAUAUGUUCAUCUGAUAUAUAAGUUGGAAAUAUCUCCUAUGAGGUUACUGAAAUGGAAAUCUUUAAGAUUGUCAAAAUGAUAAAUAUUUGCUGUAAAUGUAACUUUGUUGUGUUAUUGUUUCUUCUUACAAUAAGUAUUACUUUCCAUUGCUUCUGAUGUGGUAUGACAUGGUAUGUUCAAGAAAAUUGAGAGCAGCAAGUUCAGAAGGCAGAGAUGUACGGAGCCUGUGUACAGUACUAAUUAGUAGUAUCCACAGCCUUCCUUACUCUUAACUUGCACUUCUUUGUGGCAGUAACAUUGUUGAUCUUUAACCUUUGUUUGUUUUAUUCCGAUUCUCAUUAGAAUGACCAACAACAUUUUGGGUUGUCCCGGACCAGAUCCAGUCAUUCUUGUAGGAAUUUUAUUUUCUAGAUCCAUUUCAAUUGGGGUUAUACCCAGAUUUUGGCAUGGAAACUGCUUUAUUCACCCUGUAUGAUGACCUCUGUUGGGAGAGAGUGGGGGGAGGAUGUGUCCCUGUUAAUUCUUCUCGACCUCUCAGCAGCUUUGGAUACCAUCAACCAUGCUAUCCUUCUGGAGUGGCUCUCCGAGUUAGGGGUGGGUGACACUGCCUUGCGGUUAUUUCAGUCCUACUUGGAUGGUUGUUCCUAAAGGGUGCUGCUUGGUUUUUCAGUCCUGUGGAGCCUUCAUUGUGGGUGCUACUCCUCCUCAUCUAGCCAGUCUCUGACAGUGGGGUUCCACAGGGCUCUUGAUUCUAUCCUCUGUGCUGUUCAAUAUCUGCAUGAUACCACUGAGUGGGGUUAACCCAAGUUAUAGAGUACAUUGUCAGCAGUAUGAUAAUGACAAACAGAUAUAUUUCUUUACAUUUGCAGGUGGGGCAGUGGGUGUGCUAGACAAUUUCCUUGCCUCAAUAAUUGAUGAGAUGAGAGCCAACAAACUGAAACUCAAUUCAGAUAAGACUGAGGCAUUGUUAGUGGGUGGUUGCCUAGACCUGAAGGGUGGAAGGUUGCCUGCUCUUGAUGAGGUUACUCCCUCUAAAGCAGUGGUGGCCAAACUUGGCCCUCCAGCUGUUUUGAGACUACAAUUUCCAUCAUCCCUGGCCACUGGUCCUGUUAGCUAGGGAUGAUGGGAGUUGUAGUCCAAAAACAGCUGGAGGGCCAAGUUUGGCCACCACUGCUCUAAAGGAAUGGGUAUGCAACUUGAGGGUAUUCUGGAAUCUUUGCUGUCAUUUGAGGCUCAGGAGUGCCUUCCAUCAGCUUUGACUGGUGGUCCAGCUAUGCCACUAUCUGGACAGAGACAGCCUAACUACUGUGGUCUAUGCUCUGGUAACCUCUAGGUUAGAUUAAAGGUUAAGGUAAAGAUACCCCUGACUGUUAGGUCCAGUCGCAGACGACUCUGGGAUUGCAUGCUCAUCUCGCUCUAUAGGCAGAGGGAGCCGGUGUUUGUCCACAGACAGCUUCUGGACCAUGUGGCCAGCAUGACUAAGCCGCUUCUGGUGAACCAGAGCAGCGCAUGGAAAUGCUGUUUACCUUCCUGCCAGAGCAGUACCUAUUUAUCUACUUGCACUUUGACAUGCUUUCGAACUGCUAGGUGGGCAGGAGCUGGGACUGAACAACAGGAGCGCACCCUGUCGCAGGGAUUCAAACCGCCGACCCUCUGAUCAGCAAGCCCUAGGCUCAGUGGUUUAGACCACAGCGCCACCUGCUUCCCAUCUAGGUUAGAUUACUGCAGCACAUUAUAUGUAGGACUGCCUCUGAAGACAGUUCUGAAACUUCAGCUAGUGCAGAAUUCAGAAGCCAGGUUGCUCACCAGGGAAAGACGCUUUGAGCAUAUUACACUGAUCCUCAUCCGACUGCACUGGCUACCAGUUAGUUUCUGGUCCCAAUUCAAAGUGCUGGUUUUGACCUAUAAAGCCUUAAACUGGUCAGGACGACAAUACCUCCAGGGCCACCUCUCUCCAUUUGAACCUACCUGGACCCUGAGAUAAUCUUUUGAGGCCCUUCUUUGUGUGCCUCGUCCUCCUUUGUAUGCCCAGAGGCUGGCAACACGAAAAUGGGAUUUUUUCUCUUUUUUUUGCAGUGGAUCCCCAUUUGUGGAACGCUCUCCCUAGGGAGGUUUGGCUGGUGCAUUCCUUAUACACCCUUUGGUGCCAGAUGAAAACGUUCUUCUUUAACCAGGCUGAUUGACAUAAAAUUAUGAGGGUCGGGGAGGGUGGUGACAUGCUGUGGGGAUGCUUUUAACCAGCUGGAUUGGAUACUGAGAUCUGGGGUACAGAUUUAUAUCAGCAAACUAAGUGUAAUGCUUGGUCUGUUUUGAGUGCAUUUAUAAGUGGACAUAAAGGUGGCAUCUAACUCUUCAGUGCUGUAAAGAUCCAAGCUUUUUAUUGGUGCUGAUGUAAUUAGCAUUAAGUGUAAAAAAAAGCACAAAGCUUCAAGUAAUAUUCAUCUUACAUAUUGAAAUGCUUGUAUGUUAAUCUUAAUACUCUAGAUGCUAUUGAUUCAUGAUUAGCAUAUGUACUUUGUGCCAAGCCUAAAUCUCCAUUGUUUGAUGUGAAAAUAGUUCAUUUUUCUUUAGUUUGUAAAUAAAAAUAGUUAUAUUUUAAAAUGUUAAAAGUAUCUCACAUAAAUUUAUAGUAAUCUUUACAACAACUGCAAUAGAUAGGUCAAUAGGAUACUAAUAUAUUUUCUGCAGUUGUAAACAGCCAGUACAGUGUGCCCUUUUCUAAGUAGUUUAUAUGUAGGUUUAAUUAAGCAGGUUUCACUUUUCCUCUAGUUAAUUUCACUUUCUGCUUCCUGGUUUAAAUAAAUGUUAUGAAUGUUAAAAAGUAACUUGCUGAGUUAAAUGUGUUAUGAUUUUGAUAAAGGCGCACUUUAUACAUUAGAAACUGUGAAAUCAAAUUUAGAAAUAUCAUAACUAGAGCUAGAAAUACCAUAAAUAGACCCUGGAAGGACCUAUCAGGAGUGAACAUAGACCAAAACAUAGGGGAAACUGCCCUACUAGAAAAGCUAAGCAACAAAUUCAACUAGCACGGGGACAAGCUUUGGAGGAUGCCUUCACCCCAAUGUGGUUCCCCUUUAUUACAGUAACCUAUCCCCUCCAACAGCAUACAGUGGUACCUCUGGAUGCGAACGGGAUCCGUUCCGGAGCCCCAUUCGCAUCCUGAAGCAAACGUAAGAUGCGACUGCAUGUCUGCGUGGGUCGCUUUUUGCCGCUUCCGCGCAUGCGCGUGACAUUAUUUUGAGUGUCUGCGCAUGCAUGAGUGGCAAAACCCGGAAGUAACAUGCUCUGUUACUUCUGAGUCGCUGUGGAGCGUAACCCGAAAAUAUUUAAGCUGAAGCGUAUUCAUCCCGAGGUAUGACUAUACAGAUCAAUAUGGGUAAUUUGACCCAACAACCUAGCCUGCCUUCGUCACAUAAAGAAGCCACACCACAAUCAACUAAACACAACCAACCAAGCUCGGGAACUCGUAACCUCUCACAAUAUCAAUAAAAAUGAAUAAAUACACAACUAAAGGACCUACCCAUGUGAUGCUGACACAACCCCCCCCACACUAAGAAUAGGCAUUAGAACCAAAGAACAAUAUCCCCAUCUCUCUCCCCCUCCCCUUCCCUGCAACUGUAAGAUUAUGACAAAAAUGUAUUUCACCAAACGUAAACAAUCAGUGAAAAAGGCUAUGAAUUGAAAGUGGAGACAACGGAUGCACAGUUCCCUCUUUAUCUGUUUGCUUUGUAACACAAAAAACUAACAAAAACUACCGGUAAUUAAAAAACAACACUGGAUUGUUGAAAUAUUUUGGGGCAAUUAACUGGGAAAUUUUUCAGUGCAAACUCCAUUGUGAGUGGCAUUGUAUUCGUGAAUCCCUUUGUGUUCUACCAGUGGAUUGUGCCAUUGCCAGCUUUAUAUGCCACAUUCAUUCACACGCCUCUGAGGAAGAAAUUAUAACCAGUGCUUAUAUCUGGGGGGACAUGGGUACACAUACCCCUAAACAUUUUCUGAAUCUAAGUUUGGCCUCAUUGAGGGGCAGUAUUUCAAUGAUUAGGAAAAUGAGAGUACCCCUAAACAUUUUUUUAAAAGAAAAAAGCACUGAUUAUAACCAUACUUGGACAAAUGCCUUUGGUGCAUCUAGAACUGGUAAUAAUGACAAGACUAAAGUACAAUACUAAUGAUAUGACUCAAAACUUCAUUUUGUUGAUAAAAUCUUUCUUGUUCAAAAACAGUAUAUAAUGAUAAAAUGAAACAAAAGCCCAAAUGAUCAGUAUUGUAGAAAGUUAUGGUUUUACCUAGUGUAUAACUUUCUGCACGGAUGCGGGUGGCGCUGUGGGUUAAACCACAGAGCCUAGGACUUGCUGAUCAGAAGGUUGGCGGUUCGAAUCCCCGUGACAGGGUGAGCUCCCGUUGCUCGGUCCCUGCUCCUGCCAACCUAGCAGCUCAAAAGCACGUCCAAGUGCAAGUAGAUAAAUGGGUACCGCUCCGGCGGGAAGGUAAACGGCGUUUCCGUGUGCUGCUCUGGUUCGCCAGAAGCGGCUUAGUCAUGCUGCCCACAUGACCCGGAAGCUGUACGCCGGCUCCCUUGGCCAAUAAAGCGAGAUGAGCGCCUCAACCCCAGAGUCGGUCACAACUGGACCUAAUUGUCAGGGAACUGACAUCGGUGCGAGAGGCGAAGGGGAGGCUUCUAGAUGAUGCUGGCGAAUGACCCAGCAGCAGGGGGAGAAACAGCUCAGUAGAAGGGGAAGCAAAUCAGCGCAACACCAGGGAUAAAGGGGGGCAGAUGGGGGAAUUGGAGAGAGGGCUCCAGGACUCUUCACUGGACCUCAGUGAGGAGGGCACAGGUCCUCCGCUACCCACGCCCUCCCUGCGCAGAAGACUCCUGCGCAGUGAGAGGAGGAGGAGGCUGGGUGUCAAACAACUUUUAUGUUGGAAGAGGCUCAAGAAACGCCCACUGACGGAUUCUGCCAGCGACUGAGGCAGCCACGAUGAGAAAGGGCUGUGCAGUCAGAAAGGUUUAACAAGGCAAAUUAGCCUAGAGAGGCACCAGUUUACGCACGAGUAACUCAUACUCACUACACUAAUGGUCAGGGGUCCCUUUACCUUUACCUUUAACUUUCUGCACACUGUCACUCAGUUCUGGACAACUGAGUACUUGAACUUUAAAAGCCCACUGAAAAUGUGUGCUUGAACUUUUAUGAUUAAUAUGAAUAGGUGGAGGAUGGUGCUAGAUUCUCUGCAGAGUUGUUGACCUGCCCCUGCUUUCUCUCAUUUGUUGCAGUCUGAAUGGAAUAGAUUUUAUGCCCUGUCUUUCAACAGGUUUGAUGCUUUUGUUAAUUACAAUAACAAAUUAAUUAGUAGGUGUUUUGUUGAAUAACUAAAUUAUCUUCUUCACAGUUUUUAAAUUCAUUGUUAGUUUCGAAAAGGUGAUCAUCUUUGGAGAGCCUGAAAUUAUACCCAGGUAUCAGUAGGAGAUGCUCUGCUGUGUUUCUAGGUUUGUCCCUUGCUAAGAAAUAUCACCAUGGUGAAAUUUAAAAAGAUGAGCUGCCACCAGUACUGUGGCAUUCUUGGUUUUUUGGAAUAUUUGACAAUACUCAAAUAAUAUAUUUGAUUGUUCAGCUGACUUCUCUGUGGUUUUCAAUGCCAUUGAUCAUGUUACUCUUGUGGAUAGGUUCUGGGAUGGGGAUUAGAGUACUGCAUUGCAGCUCUUUUAAUUUAAUCCAUGUGUGGUAGUAAGAGUUCUGAAACAGUGCCUGUACACAAUAAUCAACUGGAGUGAGGGACAAUAAAUAGAGACUCAGUCCAUGCAAGAUAGAUGUACUGUCGGCAGAUGGUUCAUCUGCCUUCUUAAGUAAUAUCUAAUAUGCUUUGGAUGUAGUUGUACUGUCCCUAAAGGAACUGGUUUGUAUUUUGUGGGUGAUCUUAGAUCAAGCACUGUUACCUGAGGCCCAAGUGGACUUUAUGGCUCAGAGUAUCUUUUGUCUACCCACUGUGACCCCUGUCUGGUUGGAAAUUACCUUGCAGUAAUGCAUUAUGCAUGAGGCUACCUUUGAGGAAAGCUCCAGAAACUUCAAAAUAAGUCAAAAUAGGGCAACUAUGUUUUUAAUACGUAAAUAUGAUUUUUUCAUGCCACUGUUUCAUCAUUUUCACUGCCUUCCAGUCUGUUUCUAGGUACAAUUCUAAGUUAUGGUGGUUGUUUUUUUAUUGUCAUGUUUCAUACAGAAUGGUUAUUGAUAUAAGCAUAUACAAAAUGCAAUAAGAAAAGUGUGUGUAACAAAUAAUAAAUAGAAAAAAUAAAGAGGGGAGGGGAAAACCAGGAAACAACUGAGAGUGCAAUGCCGUAUACAACUAUUACAUAUAAGAAGAAAAAGGUCAGUCCAUAUUGUUCCAAAUAAAGCCUUUCCACAUAAUUAUUUGUAGAGCGGGGGGUUUAGUGGGCCAUUCAGUUAACAUAGAAGAAAAAAACUUAUACCAUAUUGAAAAAAAGUGGUCUAUUUUUGAAGAACCAGUACGGACCCUCCAUUUGUGUGUCAAAUUUUCUGACAGUGCAAUGUCCCAUACUUUCCCUAGUCUCCUCUCAUGAAGGAGGUGAAUUGGAUUUCCGGUGGGAAGCCACUGUCAUUCUGGCUGUGGCAAGAAGCAUAAACACAAGAGAUUUAUGCAUGAUGGGUGUGUUGGUACCAUGCUCCAAAUAUAGGAACACCAGGCUAGGUCUACGGACAGUACCUGAUCGGUGAUGGUGGAAAUAUGUAAAAAAAAUCCAGAGAAUCUGAGUCCACAGAAUUUCUGAACUAUAUAGCAACCCAACCACAUUAUGGAUAGAUGGAGUCGGGUCCAAUGCCACUAUUUUCAGUGUGGCUUCCUGUAUUCUAUAGAAAUCAUUUUAAGUGGGACUUUAGACUACAGUGCUUGCUAUACUUGUUGCACUAACCCAGGCAGUUCUAAAGUCCGUCUCGGGGGCCUAAUCCUGCCCGCCGGUCGGUUAAUCUGGCCCCUGUGGCAGUUUAUUUCCUGGGGUAAAAUCCUAAAAAACCUCAACAACUCCAAUCCUAAAAAAAGGUCAGUUGGCCCCCACGGCCCUUCACUUCAUCAAAUCUGGCCCUCUUUGAAAAAAGUUUUCACACCACUGCUCUAGCCAAAGACCCAGAUCACUCUCCCAUAAUGACCGUAGCCCCUAAGAAGAGCAUGAUUCUGUGUUAAUUAUAAUGCAACAUAUAUAGAAAGCCAUGCCCUAGUUACUUGAGGUUUCUUUAAGACAAAGUGAUUACCGGUCCUUUUUCCUCAGCAAGAAUGGAGCAAAGGAGGAGACCUGUGUUAAUUGGAGCUAGUUGGGCAGGGUAUCUUUUAGUUUUUCCUUUAAUGAAGUUGCUGAAAUAGGAUGACCAUUUAGGCAUAAUAUCUUUGAUGCUACAGUUGCAAUCGAAAUUAUUCAACCCCCAUUGCAAAUCAGGUUUAUUAUCAAAAUUUACAGACUUUCACUUGUUUUCAGUGAGCAAAUCAAACAAAAGCAAUUGAAAAAGCUCAACAUAACGGAUGCUUCAAGUGAUUUUCCCAAAUCUGGUUGAAAUUGCAACUUAUACUGGCUUUUCCAGUCUCACUAUUAUUCAGCCCCUCCAUGGCAAGCAUAUUUAGUGCUUAGUAGUGCAGCCUUUUGCUGUUAUGACCUGCUGCAAACAAGAUGCAUAGCCAGAAAGCGGCUUCUAGCAGUGUUCCUGAGGAAUCUUAGCCCAUUUCUCAUGAGCAAUAGCCUCCAGUUCAGUAAUAUUCUGGGUUUGCGUGCUGCAACCGCCUUCGUCAAAUCCCUCCAAAGAUUUUCUAUGAUGUUUAAGUCAGAACCUCCCAGGACUUUUUCUGCAAUCAAGGCUUGGUGGAAUUGGAGGUGUGCUUGGGAUCAUUGUCCUGUUGGAAGUUCCAAUGAUGCCCAAGCUUCAGCUUCCUCACAGACGGCAUUAUGUUUCCUCCUAGGAUUUCCUGAUACUUCAAUGAAUCCAUCCUGCCUUCCACACACUGCAAGUUUCCAGUGCCAGUGGAUGCAAAGCAGCCCUAGAGCAUUACUGAGCCACCAACAUGCUUCACUGUAGGCAGAGUGUUCUUUUCAACCUAUGCUUCAUUCUUCUUCCUCCAGACAUAGCGCUGACCGUUGGGACUAAAAAGCUCCAAUUUUGUUUCAUCGCUUCACAGAAUCAUAGAAUCUUAGAGUUGGAAGGGACCCAAGGGUCAUCUAGUCCAACCCCCUGCAAUGCAGGAAUCUCAGCUAAAGUAUCCAUGACAGAUGACUGUCCAACCGCUGUUUAAAAACCUCCAAAGAACUAGAGUCCACCACCUCUCGUGGGAGUCUGUCCCACUGUUGAACAGAAUCCCAAAACUUCUGUGGCUUACUUAUAUGAUUUUGGACAUACUGGAGCUGACUUAUUGUGCGUUUGGGUCAGUAGUGGUGUACGUCUUGGAGUUCUGGCAUGGAAACCUUCUGUGUUUGGUACAUGCCUUACUGUGCUCAGUGAAACCUCAGUGCCAGCUGCCAACAAAUCUUACUGCAGCUCUUCUAUAGUCACUCGAUAAUUUUUCCCAUCCCGCCUUCUCAGAAAUCUGGUUGCUGCUGCAGAUAGCUUCCUUUUUCUGCCCCAUCCAGGUAGUGUAACCACCCUUCCUUUAACUUUGAACUUUGACACUCAGCAAACUUUGACAUGCACCUCAUAGGGUUGGCAUAUGUCUUCUUUUUUCUGUGACAUGUCCUCUUUUUCAUAGGUAUGUAAAAUAAGAGUUGUCAUAGUGAUCCAUAGUUAAAAGUAAAGGUAAGGUAAAGGGACCCCUGACCAUUAGGUCCAGUUGUGACCGACUCUGGGGUUGCGGCGCUCAUCUUGCUUUAUUGGCCGAGGGAGCUGGCGUACAGCUUCCAGGUCAUGUAGCCAGCAUGACUAAGCCGCUUCUGGCGUACCAGAGCAGUGCAUGGAAAUGCCAUUUACCUUCCCGCCGGAGCGGUACCUAUUUAUCUACUUAAAUAGAGCCAGUGUGGUGUUGGAGAGCCAAUGUGGUGUAGUGGUUAAGAGCCAUAGACUUGUAAUCUGGGGAACUGGGUUCAUGUCUCCACUCCUCCACAUGCAGCUGCUGGGUGACCUUGGGCCAGUCACACUUCUCUGAAGUCUCUCAGCCUCACUCACCUCACAGAGUGUUUGUUGUGAGGGAGGAAGGGAAAGGAGAUUGUUAGCCGCUUUGAGACUCCUUCGGGUAGUGAUAAAGCGGGAUAUCAAAUCCAAACUCUUCUUCUUCUUAUCUACUUGCACUUUGACGUGCUUUCGAACUGCUAGGUUGGUGCUUGUCUCUUGGUUUCUUGUUCUCUGUGUGCCUGUUCAAUGUCAGUGAGAGCAAGGCAGGGGUCUAUCUUCAAAUUGUCAAACCAACUUAAAAUAAAAGCAAUCAUACCUCCCCCUCUCCUCAUUUUUCGGAAUCCCACAUAGUUUAAUCCCCCCCCCCCCUUAUCUCUAUCCAAUUGAGCUGCAAACUUUAAAUCUAAAUCUUCAAUUGCAAUUUUAUGUGCUUGCAGCUUGUUGGGGGUGCUUAAUCUGGUUAAGAUUACCAGGUAACAUUGCAAUCUUGUUUUCAAGAGAAUGCAGAGCAGCUGCCCAGUCUAAAUCCUGUCUUUAUGAAUAAACACUUCUGAGUCUUUUUCACAGCUCUGAGUAAUUGGUAGCUUCCUGCCAUUCAAGCUUUAAUUUCCUUUUCAGGCCACACAAGCCCUGCAGCAUUACCUUUCAGGAGGUGUACUUAGAAAAGUGAGGAAUAGUGAUUUUGCAGUCCUUCAGAGUGAUUUCACUCCCAAGGGUGCUGAAGGCUUGAAAUCAACCCAUCAUUUGACUCUGCAGCAAGCCAUGCCCCAAGUGAUGGUUUAAAGCCCAAAAUGACUUGGGGCUAGGUUACUUGAAGAAUUGAUAUAUUCUCCCAGACCUUGAGAUCUUCAUCACAGGCCCUUUUCCAAGUUUCUCUACCAUGUAAAAUGGGAUGAAUAGCCACGGGGCAGGGGUGGAUGUUUGUGGCGGUACCCUGUUUAUCAAAUGCCUUUCUCCAAAAAGUUUGUCUGACACCUACAUUAUGAAUCUGUACAGGUAGGUACAUCCAUUGUUACUGGCAACGGGAAAUACAUGUACCUAGUAAUACAUGUACCUAGUAUUGAGAUUCACCAAAGAGGGAAUAUUUUGUUUUGCUGUCCGUUAUUCAGUGUUCAUAGGCACACAAGUAAGUUAGAACAAGGAGGUUGUUAACUCUGUUUAUCUACACUACUAUAAAAGCUCCAGCGAUGCUGUUCAUGAAAGCGGUAACUUUUUCAGUUUCUCACUGUUGAUAAGAAUUAGCAUAUAGGGAUCCUCUUUGUUGCCUUUGCUGUCUUCAGAUGGAAACCUCAGUGGUUGUGAUGGUGGGCACAGUAAGGACAUUACAGUUCCGUCCCACCCCAGUUCACCAGGAGUCACAAGUCUGCAUCUUGUCCACACUCAGGACACAUGCGCACCAGCUUGGAUAAGGAGGUUGCCUGCUCACUAUUCUAUAUAUUCUAUAUUCAGCAAUAAAAUUCACACAACAAUUAAGGGAGUUUCACAUAAAAUUUAAUACAUGCUUAAGAGAAAAGGAGCUGGGCUCUCUAAAGAGAAUUUUCUUUAAAGAGAAUAGGAUCCUUCCAACUUCUCCAUCUCUUUUUACCAGUAUUAGAAAUUCCCCAGGUGCCAGGUGUGUUUUGCAACUGGUGUGGAUCCAACUGCGACUACGUGGGGAUUUCUGGGUGCUUGGUUGGCGACUGACAUCUGACUGGCUGUUCCAACUUUCUUAAACAGGUACACAGAGGAACAUAUUUAUUGCAUUUAUAUCCCACCUUUUUCUCCAAGGAGCACAUACCGUAUUUUUCGCCCUAUAGGACACACUUUUCCCCCUCCAAAAAUGAAGGGGAAAUGUGUGUGCGUCCUAUGGGGCGAAUGCAGGCUUCAGGAAGCUAUCCGCAAGCCUUGGGAGCCUGGCGCGACUUCCCGCCGGGCUCCCAAGGCUUGCGGACAGCAGCCUGCAGCCCAAAACCCGGGGACUGCAGCGGAGUGCACUUCGGGCAGCUCUCCGCAAGCCCUGGGAGCCCAGCGUGACUUCCCGCCGGGCUCCCAAGGCUUGCGGAUAGCAGCCUGCAGCCCGAAACCCGGGGAGCGCAGUGGAGCGCGCCCCGGGCUUCGGGCAGAUAUCCGCAAGCCUGGAGAGACCACGGGAGUUCCCGCCAGGCUCCCAAGGCUUGCAGAUAGCAGCCUGUUCUGGGGGCUGGGGUCGGGGGAAGCUUGGGCUUCCCCUGCCCCAGCCCUGUGCCUGGGGGAAAAAUAACUUUCCCCCCUUUAUUCCCCCCCCAAAAAAACUAGGUGCGCCCUAUGGGCCGGUGCGCCCUAUAGGGCGAAAAAUACGGUAGUUUACUCCCCUCCUCAUUUAAUCCCCACAAAGAACCUGUGAGGUAGGUUAAGAGGCUGUAAUUGGCCCAAGUAAGCUUCAUGAUUUAGUGGGGAUUUGAACCUUCAUCUCCCAGGUCCUAGUCUGACACUCUAACCACUAUACCACACUGGCUUCCUAGAGUACUUCUGCUAUGGGGCAGCUAUAUAAAUUAAGUAGGUAAAUAAAUAUGGAGAAAGCAAAUGUCUCUUUGAGAAGGCUCUGAAAUAUUUUCCUUGAAGCUUGAAUUUGUUUUAAUUUGGAUUGUUUUAUUUGAUGUUUUAAUGUAUUGUAAUCCACUUGGAGAUUUUUUUUCUUUAAAAUAUAAAGUGGUAUAGAACUGAAAUGAAUAAUGAUGAUGAUUAUAGGAAUAAUAAAUCCUACCACUUAAAAAAAAAGGCACCUAGACAUUCUGUUUUGGUGACUGUAACCUAGGUUUAAGGUGCCAUUUGGUGAUUAGCUUAUAUAUCUCAAUUUCUAACACUUGCCUAUUACCACGGAUGCCUCACUACUUGCUGUGUCUCUGUUACCACUUGUGCACACAUGAGUUUCUGUUGGGGGUGUGUGCGUGCGCAUGAAGGAACACCAAUUAACCAAUAGGCAUUGACAAUGUCAUGAACACGGGGAUGACUGAUGGAAUAAAGGGUCUAGGUAAAACAAAAGACGUCCUUUGUGAGGCAUGUAGGCGAGCAAUUAAUUGCCCAAGGCAAGUUUUUUUAAUCAUUUAUUUCCAUCCAACCAUUCUAGAUUGGCAAACCUUACAAUACAAACUUCUCAAGUUGACUCACAGUAUCACAUAAAUCAACUAAUAUUUAAUAAUAAUAAGCAGAAACACUGCAGCAAUUAAAAGCCUUAGUUAACCUAUCAAAAGUUAUUAAAAGUCUGAGAAGCCGAAACGGUUUGUACUUGAUGCCUAAAAGCUGUUUGAUUCAGCAUCAGGUAAGCAGAUAAGACAAGGGAGUUCUGCAGAUGUAAUUGGUUCAUGCCCUGUUCUUCAUUAACCAAUUACAUCAUCCCACUAGGUUUGUAUGAGGAAAUACAGAAUUGUACUUGAGCAAGCUGUAAUGCUCUGUGGUAGAUGUUGUAUGAUUUAUAAUUGUAAUUUUAUUGGUUUAAUUGUAUUUUUUCACAUCGUAUUUUCUUGUAUUACAAUGCACAUUCCAUAAUAUUUAAAUUACAAUACAAUAAAAUACCAUGUAAGAAAUAAAAAGCAACUAAAAUACAAUUAAGAAUCAAUACGAAUAUUUAACAAGGGUCAUCUGAAUGAGUGUUCAUGAUCCACAGUUUAGGAACUUGCUUCUUAUAAUCUGUUUGCCUGAUGACAUUGCAACAUUUUGGAAGAUUUUAGUUGUCACACUUUAUUAGAACUGAAAUAUGCAGUUCAAAUUCUCAGGUUCCAGCAUAAAAAAAAUAUAAGUAUAUUGAUGAUCUGAUGCCUGGAAUAUUUACAUCACUGAUAACAUUAGCCUACCAUACAGCUGGACAUGGACAAGUGUUGGUUGAUAUCAGAAUAAAUAUUACUAUUUUUAGCAGGGUGUAUUCAUAGUGUUGUGGGACGCGGGUGGCGCUGUGGGUUAAACCCCAGAGCCUAGGACUUGCCACUCAGAAGGUCGGCGGUUUGAAUCCCCAAGACAGGGUAAGCUCCUGUUGCUGGGUCCCUUCUCCUGCCAACCUAGCAGUUCGAAAGCACAUCAAAGGGCAAGUAGAUAAAUAGGUACUGCUCCGGCGGGAAGGUAAACGGCGUUUCCAUGCGCUGCUCUGGUUCACCAGAAGCGGCUUAGUCAUGCUGGCCCCAUGACCCGGAAGCUGUAUGCCUGCUCCCUUGGCCAAUAAAGCAAGAUGAGUGCCGCAACCCCAGAGUUGGUCACGACUGGACCUAAUGGUCAGGGGUCCCUUUACCUUUACCAUACAGCUAGAUGUACUGGUAAUAUUCAUACAGCAUAUUCUUGUCUCAAAUAAAGUGCAAAUAAAACAAAUAAAAUACAAUCACACCUUACACAGGGGUUUGGUUCCACAUAUGCACGAAAAUCACACAUACUCAAACCCUUGGAGCCAUGCUGUAGCUAGUGGGGGGAGAGAAUCCUCAGUACUCCUAUAGCUGCGCACAAAGCUCUUUUUAAAAGCUCUUUUUGUGCCUGGUAUCCAAAGCAUGAUAAAAGGCACGCUGGCUCUGGAAGGCCAGGGAUACUUGUGUGAGAUCUCACAGGAGUGCUGAUGGCCCCACAAGAUCUCAUGAGAGCCUUCCAGAGUAGGUGCUGAGAGCCUUGCCCUCAAGCAAGGUGGAGAACUUAAAAGCUCUUUCCAUGCUGGGCAACCACAAGUCAACCAGGUAAAAAAAUGAGCUUUUAAGCUCUCCAGCCUGCUUGGAUUUAACUUGUGCAAUUUCAACAAACCUGCCUUCAACGGCAUAUGGUUGAAAUCAGUCAAGUGAAAUGCACAUAAGAUGUGAUCAUACUGUAUAACAAUGUUAAUCAUUUUUGUAACUUUACAGAGAUUUUUAAAUGUUGGCACGAUCAACAUUUAGGCAAUAGUUCUUAACAGUAUGCAAUUAUUCACCCUAUCAGAAGUCAUGUGAGGCUACCACCCUUGCUGAAGCUAAGCAGGUCUGGGUCUGGUGACUUCCAGGGAAAUCCUGUAUUUUCCCAUCUAUAGGACGCCCCCAUGUAUUUUUGGGGACUCAGAUUUAAGAAAAUGGGGCGAGAUGACCCAAUGUAUAAGACGCCCCCUAUUUUUUGACAUUUUAAAGGGGGAAAACCUAGUCUUAUACACGGGAAAAUAUGGUGCAUGUAGGCUGACUAAAGAAAGAUGAGGUGUAAAUGAAAUGAAGCAAAUAAACAAGUUUAAGGAAUGCAACAUUCAGUUUCAGCACUUAUUCAAAAUAAUGACACUAGCAGCAGAAACCAUAUGCUCUAAUUCAGCUAAUUAGGCAAGCUAUUUCUUUAGUACAUUAAACAUUUGGAUGCCUUUAAAAUUUUGUUUUGAUAAGCUUUAUGAAAGUUAACAUUAAGGUGUGCCUUACAUUUCUAAAAAACAAAAACAAAAACACCAAACAGUAAUGAGUUGUUAUUGGCAUUCUUAGCAGUAUUACUCACCUUCAUUGUAAACAUUGUGAACCAUUUUCUUCAAGCUAAUUCCAACAGAACUCCUCUCUUGACUUCCGGGGGAGGCGCCUCCAGCAAUGGCAGAAUUCCUCUGACCGGGAGGAAUUUGCUCCCUGGAAAUCUGGGUCUGGCCGCCACGGCGAAGGCGGAGACCCGUUAAAAUCACAGGCGGAAGAAGCCUGUGAACGUGGGAUUCGGCGGGCACCUUUUGCACCUCCCCCACUCGCGGGGAACCCCGAUUUUGGGGCUCUGGAGUGACGUGGGGUGAGCGGCGCGGUGCAUCGAAUCAUCUGCUUCUUCCACGGAGUGAAGCCGCAUAGCUGUUGCCGGAGAGCGCUGACCUUUUCCUGUGGACAAUUUGAAUUUAAAGGAAUUACCCGUGAGUAGAGCUGAAAUGGAAGAAUUGGAUCUCUAAAAGUUUAAUUUGGUAUCGUAACGGGGAGGUUCAAAACAGGAAGUCCGCCUUCCCUUUUUGUAAAUAGACUGAGGCAAUGAAGUUGCAAGCUGGAGUCCUGGAAGGUCUUUUGUAAAAGAUCAAAUUUCCAACUGUAAAAAACAUUAAACCCCCUCUUGGAGGCAGGAGAAGAGAGGGGGAAGUUGCGGAUUGAGUAUGCCUGCGGGAGAGAGCGAAGAGGUUUAAAACACCGCCGCUCUGACCCUGGAAACAGGCUGCUAGUAAGACUGACGUGUUUGUUUGUUUUUUUGGAAUGUUUAUUGACAGCGUUUAGAACGUUCAUUGACAGCUACUUAAAUAAGAGAAAUACAUUGUUUCUACUGUUUCUGGUUGUUUUUAAAAAAGGAGGAAAGUAACUGAAAAUUGAAACUAACUUCGGAUUAUUGAAACUGUGUUUAAAAGAGGACAUAUUGACCGAUACAAAUACAAUCUGUUUUCCCCUAGUGGAAGCUUUUGAAAUUGGUUACUUUAUAGGAGCUGGGCUAGGGGAAUUUCCAGCUGCAAGAUAAAAAAAGUGUGAGACUUUGGAAUUGACCUUGAAUCUCUUAAGUGUUGUGGCAAAUGGAAAGGAAAAAACAGAUGGGAUGUUGACAGAGGAGGCCUUAGUGGCUGCAUUAUUGAAAAUAAACGAUUCGCUGGAACAACUCCAUAAGAAAACAGAUGCGAUAAAUGUGAAAUUGGAUGUUGCAAAUAUUGAAACUGAUUUAAUUGUAGAAAGUUUAAAUAAUUUGGGACAAAAGGUGAAUACCAAUUCAGAAACCACCCUGAAACUGAUACAGGAAUCUACUCUGAAACGGCAAACUGCAGAUGAAGCUGAAUCUGAAUCUAAAGUAAUACAACUGGAUAGGAGAGUCCCAUCCAUACAAAGACAACUUGAUGAACAUAAGCUGACAUUCGUUAUGAUUGAACUUAAAGAAGAACGCAUGAAUUUGAGGACCAGAGCCCUAUCUGAAUUGGAAAAGGAAAGCCUGACAGAGUUUCAGGAGGCGACAGGACUAACAUUGGUUGAGAAAGAGAGGUAUUUGGGGGUUAGUAUGACUGCCAAAAAUGUGAAUCUACUCAAGGACAACUGUGAAGGAUGUUGGACCGAAGAGAAGGGGGAUUUGGAAAUAUGGACAAAUCAGAAGUUGUUACUGUUGGGCAGAGUUAUAGUGGUGGGGAUGAGGGCUGCUGUGUUGCUGGGGAUGUUGCUUUUGUUUCAAACAUUGCAAGCUCUGGAUGGGAUGGAGGGUCUCAGGAGGUGGCAGAGGUAUGCUCCUAAAGUUGUUUGGCAGGGCAGGAAGCCUCGAGUCAAACUUAAGAUAUUCAUGGAUGCUAAAGAAGGAGGUGGACCUGCCCUGCCAGACCUUUAAACUUCGUUGUGAACCAUCUGCUUUUUGCUGGUUGAGAGAAUGGUUGCUUCUUGAAAACACUGAAAUAUUGGACAAUGGCAGAUGAAGUUGAUGGACUAUAGGGAAUUGGCGGAAAUGACUGGCAAGAUCCGAGACCAGGGUGAAGAGUUGGUGGAAGAAGAUUGGAAAAAGUUUAAAGACUAUUUAUAGAAAUAUUGUAAAAUUAAGGAAUGUUAGAAAAAUGUUGGAAUGCAAUUACAUGGCUUUAGUAGAAUAUAAGGAAUUAAGUAUAAAUAGAUUAAUAGAAAAUUAAAGGAAAAGUAUGGUAAGAAUGUGUUAAGAUAAUUAUAGAACAGAAAACAGAAUAAGAUGGAAAGGAAUUGCUGAAACAAAUAAUAGAAGUGGAAUACAAAAAGGGAGGUGGGAGGAAGUCGCUGGAAAUAAGUGAAUGAAAUAUAAGAUAUUGAAUGAAAUUUGAUUUAUUUUAUUGUUGUUGCAUUGUUUUGUUAGUUUAAUGUAUUGUAUUGUAUUGUAUUGUAUUGUAUGUGUUUUUUCUUUUCUUUUAGUGUUUAAAUUUUUUGGAAAAGUAAUAAAUAUUAUUUAAAAAAAAACAGAACUCCUCUCUUGCACAGUUCUUGGCUCUGAUAGUAGGGAUUAUGCUAGUCUGUUCAUUUAAUAUAAUGCAAUAUGUGUUAAUCAUUUCAAAAAAUAAGUUUCUUUUUUCUAAACUAAAAAGCCCUUUAAAGUAAGGUUACCAGACAUCCCCGUUUCCCGGGGACAGUCUCCAGAUUUACAAAUCAGUCCCCUGACAAAAUCCUAUCAUUCCUAUUGAAGUUGAAAAGUACCCCCAGAUUCAUUGAAAAAAAUCUGGUAACCUUAGGGAAGGCACUUCAAAUCAUCGACCAUGUUGCUUGCUGUUUUCUGUACCAUUUUUGGAUAUGGGCCAUUCUGAACUGUACACAAUAUUCCAAAUGCAACUAACUUUGCUGUAGAUUUAGAUAGUUACGAUAUUGACUGUCUUAAUUUUCAAUCCCUUUCUUAAUCAUCCCUUAAUCAUCCCAUUUACUUCUAUCACUGCCAGUGCAUUCUGAGUUGAUGUUUUCAUUGAGUUAUCCACUGUGAUCUCUUUCCAGAGAACUCAUAUGCUUCAUAGAAUUACUUCAGUAAUGCUCUGUGAUUUAGGCAAGUAUUCUUCCCAUAUUCUGUAUUUGAAAACCAUACUGCGAUCAUAGUGGUCUAGCUAAGGCCAUCUAGUGAGUUUAUGGCUGAUGAGAUUUGAAUCAGGGACUUCUUGACUCACCCUGCUAGCUACUCUAUAUUAUACCAGCUGAUCAUAUAAUAACCUUGACAGUGCUGCUGCUUAAACAUUUCCUCUUGUCUAUUGCUGUGGACUUUGUCAAAUGGUUGGGAUUAUAGCAUGGGAAUCCAUCGUGAAAUGUGCAGUGAUUUACAUUUUUCUACUCCUAAGAGCUAGCAUUUACUUUUUUCAUUAGUUUCAAUUAUCCCUCACACUUUGGAGUUGCACAAAGGAAGAUAAAUCUAAUAUAGGAGUAUAACAGUGUAUAACAGAUAUUCUAAAUGGAUAGAAAUAUGCAAUUUCUGAACAGGAGAGGGGGCUUGAUCAAAGGUGAUUUGGUACUGAUAGUACAACCACAACUAUUUCAACAGAAAACACUAUGGAUUAAGAGGCAAUUGAACAUUUUUGUGCAAGUUAUGCAGGUUCAGUAUGAAUCAGAAUAAGUAUCAGUUUGUGGAAACAAGAAUAAGUAUCAACAUGCUCUAAAGCAGUCUUCCCCGACCUUAUGCCCCUCAGAUGUUUUGGAGUAUAACUAUGGGAAAGCUGGCUGGAGCUUAUAACCUAAAACAGCUGAAGGGCCCCACUAUGGGGGAAGCCUGGCCUAAGACAUCUUUUUCAGCAUUCCCUGCCUAAGGAGCUAUUCAACAGCUUGACUCCACCUGCUGUACUGUGUGAACCUUACAAGAACUGUAUUCUGAAAUUUUGAAUCUUCUGAUGUGAGUUUCCAGCUUCGCUUCUUUUUCCUUGUGUAACAAUACGUUGUGUGCCAACAGUAAAGCUGUAGGAAGAACUAUGAUUCCUUCAGACCAAGUAGUCCAUGAACCACAGGUCUAAAAACUGGGCGGUCAUUACCACCUGGAAUACUUAAAUAGGCUAGCUUUUUUUUAAAAAAAAGAAAAAGCCCACAACCAUAGUUGAUUAUUAGCCAUGGUAAUAUUGGUAACUAGUAGUUUUCAUUAAGAAAGCUCCGUAACAGCUAAUGAUUUUACUAGGGUCAAAGGCUAUCAAAAAUAGUACCCAAUCUUUAAAUGAGGUCAUUGAUACUUUGUUGAUGGAUUAUAGUAUCAACACCAUUUAAAGACUAGCAUUUUUGGAAAGAGGAGCGCUGACAGAUGAAGGGUGGAAAGUAUUGUUUUAGAUCAGGAUUUCACUACAAUGGUUGAUAAGUGUCAGUAGGCCAAACAUGGAAAAUUUGGGUGGAUAAUAUACAGAUGAACUUUGGCUUUUGAACAACUUUAACCAUAAUGAAAACCCAAAAGACAAUGGGUGGUAUUCAGUGCUAGUUCUACAGAUAGUAAACUAAUUGAAGAUAGUGGACAUGACCAAGUUAGGUUCAUCAAUUUCAGCGGGGCUACCCUGAGUAGGAGUAGCACUGGCUUCAACCAGGUUUUGCAUAGUCCUGAAUAUUUUUCAGUGUUGCUCCCCAAAAUAAUUUCAACACAUUACUGGAUCUUCUCUGUUCAAAUUGAGUUCUCAUGGGUUCUAACUGGGCAAAAAGUAUUAAACUUCUAUCUAGUCUAUGGACUCUUCUGUUCCCUUGACUCUACAUGUAACUGGCAAAAUCAAGACAACCUUUUAAGCCAUAAUGAUGAAGGAGCAGAGAGUCUAAGCCAGACAUGUCCAACAUGUCAAUCGUGAUCGACCAGUCGAUUGUGGGAUGGAUUUUGGUUGAUCAGACAACCAAGGCUUCGUCGCCUCCGCCCCCAGGCUCUCCCAUGGCCUCCGGGUGCCCUCAGCGUGUGCUCGGCCUUGGCCGGAGCAACUCCUCAGCCGGCAUGGCCAGUCAAGCCGGGCUUGAUCACUGCCGCUGCAACAAGCUCUCUGGCUGGCACUGGUGCCGCCACCACCUCCUUGCAGUCCCCUCAAUUCCCUCUUCCCUGCUCCAGGCACAGCUGAUCCUCCACGCUGGCGGGCAGGUGCUGCAGCGGUGCAGCUUUCUUCUCUGCUCCGCUGCUUCCUCCGCGCCCCACUCAGGCCACCGGCUUUGCCUGACAUCCAGCCAGCUGGCCAGCCCCAGAAAGGCAUGAGGCACUGCCUCCGCCCCUGGCACGCUGCAGCCCUGGGGCAGGGAGGCGGGGGGCAAUGACGAAGUGCGCAGGCUUCGUAUGGGCUGCAGUGCUGCGGAGGGAACCACAGGAAGGGCAGGGUGUGGAGAGAGAAUAUGACACCCCUCCUUCCUCUCCCCCCUCCUGCUGGUUCCUGUGAAAAAAAAUGCCGGGUCCCUCACCCCUCCGCUCUCUCCCCUAGUUCUUUGUGGACGCUAAACUUUGUCCACCUUUCAAGCUCCAGUCUAGCUACGUAUCCUUGAAAGUAAGCCACCUCCCCACAGAGCCAGGGGGACCUGGGAGGGGGCUGGUGUUGGGGUAAUAAUUUAUUAUUAUUUUUAUCAUAAGCUCAGCCAAAUAUAAUAUGUCUAAGUUGAAGAAUGAUAAUCGGAGAGUGUGGUAGAUCACUGCCAGUUUUUGACACUGGAUAGUAGAUCAUAGCCUACUUGAAGUUGGGCAUGCCUGGAAGCAUAUCAAUGUACAUUUUGUUAUAACAACCCUGUAAGAUAUGUAUUAUCUAUCAAUUGUAGCUGGGAGGACUGAAAACCUGAGAAGCUUGUUUAUUUUCGUCUAAUAAGUUCAUGCCAGAGAGGUGGCCCUCUCUUACCUACCAUUGUUAAUCAGAAAUGUAUACUUUUCUUUCUUUAUUUCAUAAAAGUUAUAACCACAAGAUUGUAAAAAAACUUCAAAGCAGUUUCCAAAAAAGAUAUAACAAUGCAAUUGUCAAUAAUUAAAAUCAAUAAACUAAAAGCAUUCAAAAAUUGAAAUAAACAAUAAACUAAGAAGAGAUUAAAACUUACACCAAAACUCUAAACUGUGGGUAGGCAACCUAAGGCCCGGGGGCCAGAUGCGGCCCAAUCUCCUUCUCAAUCCAGCCUGUGGAUGGUCCAGGAAUCAGCGUGUUUUUACAUGAGUAGAAUGUGUGCUUUUAUUUUAAAUGCAUCUCUGGGUUAUUUGUGGGGCAUAGGAAUUUGUUCAUUUUUUUUUUCCAAAAUACAGUGCAGCCCACCACAUGGUCUGAGGGACGAAAAAGGUUGCUAACCCCUGCUCUAAACAUCUGGAUAGGCCUGUCUAAAAAUUUGUGGUUUAACGUUGUAACAUAACACAUUUUAUAUGACAUAAUGUUAUAGUUGCAACAAUAAAUUUCUUUUAUUUAAUAUAUUUUAUCCCACUUCUCAGCCAAAAAUUGGUUUCCAAAGCAACUCUUAGGAAUUAACAUUUGCAGUGUGAGAGCAACAAAAGUCCUUUCUUCAGCUAACUUUUGAGGAUUUGCAGGAUCUUCUGUCUUGCCAAAUUUAUCCAACACUGUGUUCAGUAUUGCAUUUCUUUGUUUUUCAAAUACAUCCUUUCUAUAAGAAAUAAACUAUUCCAAGCUAUAUGCCUGAUGUAGAUUUGGUGGCCACAGUAUCUUAUCACCAGUGCUUAUCACCAGUGCACAUAUUCUCUCCCCUUUCCCACGAGCUGCUGAACUUCAGCGAAAUGUGGAUGAAAAUAGGCCUUAAAGUUAUAUUUAUGUCUAUAGUAUGAAAUCUGCUCUACACAAAUAUUGCACAAAUCAUGCACAUUGAAUGCAUGAAUUUAUACAAAUUAUUAUUUUUGAAACUUAGAGGCUUGGGUUAAUAACAUCUGGAGCAUUGCUCUAUCAGAAUCCUCCCAUACCAUCAGCCACUAAUCAAAGGCAUCUCCCAAAAAGAUACCUUUGACACAAUUUGGUCUCCCCUUUUCUCUUUUAUUGAAGAACAGUGGAAUAUUUUAAUGUCAUCAUCAUUGCAGAGGUGUCUGUGGAGGGGAUAUAUUGAUUGAAAAGCGGGGGGGGGGGGGCCCACUAGAUGGAAUACCAUGUUUAAUUAAUCCUUGUUAAUAGCUGUCAGUUGGCAAGCAGCCACAUCAUCUAUCCAUCUUAAGUGCAAAGGUUUUAGAAAUUGUGCUAGAAACCUGUUAAGUAUUAUAUUUCAAAAAUUGGUGGAUUGUAAAGUGAUUCAGCAUAGGCAAGAAUAUUGUUUAGAUCUCUUGGUAGUUUUACAUGAAUGCUUAGCAUGAAACUGUUUUUUUAAACAUUGGUUUCUAGUAGCAAGACUUCAGGUUUAAUCAUUGAAUUGGUUAGAGAUGACAGGUGGAAAAUUGUCCUUUAAAAUGUUUUAUUAGUAUUAAACAAUACAUAUAUUAUCAGAUAAAGUAACCUGAUAGACACUGAAUAUUUGUUGUUCAUCGAAGUUGCAUUGUACAUGGGGACAGGUGUCUGAAAGCUAGUGCAAGCAGUCUGAAAGCUUGUAAAACGAUAGAUAAAGGCGGACUGCAUUCUUCUGAAAUCACAGCCAAUUAUAAUAGUCAAAUAAUUCCAUUACAAUAGCAUCUUAAAAUGUUCUCUAACUGCACUAUAGUGAUAAAAUGUCACAGUCCUAUGCUUUACAGCCAUUUUUAUUCCUGAGUUAAGAUACCAUUGAAAUAGCCUCAUCUUAUUUUCUUUCAUCAUUUCUUCAGAAUUCAGCAACAAAAAUAGUAGAGAGUAAAAUGCUGACAUGACUAUGAACACUGAAAUUUUAAUUCAAAUUCGGUUGGGAUCCUUGAAAAAUCAUCCCCUAAACAUAUGAGUAAAAGCAUGGGAAAAUGCCUCAUGAUACACUAGUCUCUAAAGUGAAAACAGGGCCAACUCAUGCAGCUCUUCUGGAUUUUAAUAGUAGUAGCAGUAUGGUUGAAGUACAGUAGUACAGUCGUACCUCGGAAGUCAAACUCCUUGCAAGUUGAGCAUUUUGGCUCCUGAACGCCGCAAACCUGGACGUGAGUGCUCCGGUUUGCAAACGUAAUUUAUAACCUGAACGUCUGGUGUGGGUUCCGCAGCUUCCGAUUGGCUGCAGAAUCUUCCUGCAGUUAAUUUGAAGCCACGCCUUGGUUUCCAAAAAUUUUUGGAAGUCAAACGUACUUCCAGAAAGGAUUCCGUUCAAAUUCCAAGGUACGACUGUAUACUACUACCACCAAAGUAGUGAAUGAAAUGCUGAAUCAAAACUGAGGGCAUGUUAAAGAGAGAAUGUGUCAUAUGAUUCUUUUCUUAAGAGGCAGAUAAAAUGGAUUUUUGUUUGACAGGUAAACAAAACCAUUUUGCACAUCAUGGUGUGAAUGAGAGAGAUUCAAAGAUAUGCAUGACUUUCCUGCACAUGUAUCCAGCAGCUGUAAUAUAGGCUUCAAGCUAUGACUCCUCUUUAUAUAUAAGGGUUGUGCAGUGAAAGAUCAAGCUUGCAUUAACAGUUCUAAUAAAAAUGUUGCGAUGAAUUUUGCUUUAAAAUAAGGAAGUCUCAUUUAAAUGCUUGUGCAUAGUGCAAGUGCAGGAGCUCUUUCAAGUGGCAAUGUAUUCACUGUAAAAAAUGCAAAAUAUUUUAAGCUAUUUGCUCAUAGCUAUUGAGAUUCUAGUUUGCUGAAGACAGAUUUUUUUUCUGCAGGAAAUGUGUUUUUUGUCUAAAACCGCUAAAUGAAAAGAUUAGGGUUGGUUGAUUGAGGAUUUUAUUUAAUUGAACCAAGAUGUAGCCUUUGCAGUUUUGAAAAUAGGAAACUAAUCUUAAGCAGUUCGUUUUAGUGGGGCUCUCUAGAAUGUAUUUCCUCCAGCAGCUGUUAACAGUGCUAUUCAUAGAUCACUGUUGGCAUUAAUCAGUUGUACUGCUGCCAUUGCCAUAAAUCUGUAUUUCCAAGCUGCAUAAGAUUUUGUUACACACUGCACUGGAUUUAAAUUUAAAGGGGCAAAAAAUGUAUUGAUCUGGUAAUCAUAUCCUUAAACCAUUUCUUAGAAAAUAGUUCACAAAUUUGAAGGACUUGGUCUCAUGGUGGGUUUUUUUAUUACAUGAGCAGUUCCUGUUCACUUUGAAGUGCUUGAUGUUCAAAUUCCAGGUAAUUCGCUAAUUUUUCCAUUUCUUCAAAGCCUUUGCAAAUAUUUAAAAUAUCCAUAUCUAACAAUAUAGUUGCAGACUCCUUCAAAGAGCUUUCAUCCCUUUGAAUUAUAAUUGUGUACUGGUCACACAGUUUAUAUGUUAUUUGAUUAAUAACAUGAUUGCUUGCAUAAUGCUGGAUACCAGCCUUCUGCAGAAAGUCUUCCAUGGUCAUGUUUGCUUCUUCCUCAAAUUUCAAAUCUAUGUUAAGAAAGUCUGCCAGAUGUGUAAUUAUCUCUCUCUCCCCAACUAGUUCAGUAUAUGCAGAACUGGCUGCUGCACAUGUAUAUGUACUAUCUGUUUCAAUCAAAUCACGUUGCUGGUCAUUUUGAUUGUUAGGCUCAAAUUGUGUUUGCUUCUUUUCUUCAUAGACAGUAGGUUUAGCACUCUGAAUAUUUUCUGGUUUGUUCUGGUUUGCAACAUUAUCUCUAUCCAUCUGCUCCUGAGAUUCUAGUAUAAGAUGCCACUGUUGAUUUCUUUGACUAAGCCAUAAUUGAGCCAUUGCUAGGUCAUCUGAAGUAGUAUCGUAAUAAUGUUCUCUGUGAGUGACUAUCUCCAAACAUUUAGCACCAACCUCCAGCAGUUUAGCUUUACUAUCUUCUGUUACCCAAUACUUCUGUUGAAGUUGGACUUUUGGGAUUGAGGAGAAUUCUUGUGUUGCUUCCAUGUUCCUGUUGAGGAAAAGGUGUACAUUAAGGCAACAGCUUGAUUUAUACAAAUUCUGAUUACUAUAUAAAACAGCCAAUAAAAGGGCUGGGAGGAGAAUCAUUUUAAUUCAUAGAAUUGUAGAGUUGGAAGGGACCCUGAGGGUCAUCUAGUCCAACCCUCUGGCAUUCAUUCUUUAUUCAUUGGAUUUAUGUCCUAUUUUUCAGCUAGAGUCCUCAAAGCAGCUAACAACUUUUGUAAAACACACCAAGAAGCACCAAGAAGCUCAAAAACACAACACAAACAGCCUCACUGUUCUUCUAAACAGGGCAGCUACUCUUAAGUUGGCCCUAUAAGUGGGUGGGGAUGGCAUAGUUUGAGUAGGCCCUGAGGUUGUCUUUGUCUCCCUCCCUCUUUUCUACUUGCUGUGGUGGUGUAAUUUGCUCUUCACUUAUUUGACUGGGGGGGGAGCUUUAAACACUUCCUUUAUCACUCUUCUCCUUUUAGCCAGCCACAUAUGAUUUUCCAAUCCCUAGGGAUGGGGAGAAAUUCAAAUUCAGUUCACUUUUAAAGGUGUAUCUAUCAAAUUUGCACCUUUUGAAACAAUACGUGAACUGAAAUACAGCUGUCCUUUGAAAUUCACACUUUUCCAAAUUUUGCAAUACAAUUCUUCAUAAGAAUGUAAGAAGAGUUUGCUGGAUCACGCCAGUGGCCCUUCUAGUCCAGCAUUCCAUUUCUGCAGUGACAACCAGAUGUCUAUGUGAAGACUAAAAGCAGGACCUGAGCACAAUAGCACUCUCCCCACUUGUGAUUCCCAAAAACUAGUAUUCAGAAACAUACUGUCUCUCGAACAAGCUAUAAUUACAAAAUGCAAAAAAUGUACCUAAAAAUUAAUAUAUGAGUGAAAAUAAAAAUGUAUGUAUGGGGAAAUUGCUUGCAAAGGGGUGUGUGCAUUAGUUAAAAUUGCAUAUAAAAUGUGUGCGUUAUAUUCUGAAAAACAUGGAAACUUUAUUUUAAAAAUGCAGAUUGAGCCAAAACAUGGACAACUGAAUUUAAAAUAAGGAAAUUAAAAAACCAAGAAAGCUUUGGAUUUUCAUCAGUUGUUUGGAUGAUGUCUAAGAUAUAUAGCAUUUAUCUGAAUGAUAGGAAUAAUAAAUAUUGUGAUAGGGAGAUGGCAAAUUUAAAUAAAGAUAUAUUCCAGAGAAGGUGAAGGGUAUUGUAGUAAUUUUAUCAGGUUUUUACAUUUGCUUUAUUUUUGGUGGUGGUUAUCUAACAAAUGGCAGUAUAAAAGUGAAGUUAUGCUUAGAAAUGUAAUUUCUUUCCUCUUAAAAUUAAUUUUAAGUGCACAACAGAAGGCUAGAAUCAAAACAACAGUUCAGUUACUUCUAUGAGCUUAGUGGGGAUAUGUAUCCUCAACAACAACCCCCUUUGUCACAAGCAGAAACCCAGAUAAUUUGAAAAGUAGUGUGUGUGAUAUGGAAUAUGGUCUGCUGUUUAAAGGGAAAUAAGUUCAGACAUUUCACUGCAAACCCUUGCAUAAGCCUAAAGUAGUUACUGGACUCCAAAUAUAUAUGAUCAUGUUAUAACAUGGACAAUCAAUGUUUAGUGUUCCCUUUUCUUUUUUUAAAUGUAUUUUUCACUGAAGCUUUAAAAAAAUACACAAACAAGAAUACAAAAAUAUUAUGAGGCCCUAGUAUAUGCACAGCUCUUUGUUGUCAAUUCCCCUACCUCACAUCAAACACAUGAAUAAACAAACAUGACUAUGCUGUCUUGUUUAGUUUUAUCAAACUUUACCUAGGGAAAUGGGGGAGCAUCCUAAUUUUCCCCCCAUCUGAUAUAUUCAGGUAUGGAAGAAAAUAUAUAGCCGCACAGUCUCCUAAGAAUUUGGUGUCAACAGAGCUGUGAAGGAUUUUAUGUAAUAUGUGAAUGCGUUGUUAUCUAAAAAUAGGUGCUGAUUCCAGAAGCAUGUCUGGCAUCCUACCCUGAACAUGAUGACUUUACCCUGAAAUAUUAUGGUUUUAUCAAGAAGGCUAAAACUUUGUGAUAGUUGUCGGGCAUGCUUCCAGAUGUUUUGGGACUACAAUUCCCAUCAUCCCUGACCACUGGUUCUGAUAGCUAGGGAUGAUGGGAGUUGUAGUCCUAAAAAACAUUUGUAGGUCCAAGUUUGGUCAUGUCUCGUUUAGGCGAACUGUGAUCACUAACACUGGAUACUAAAAGGGGUUCAGAAAGCCCACACAUACAUUUAAAGAGUGUGUGAGAGAGAUGCAGGGCCACAUGAGCAAGCCCCACACACUUGCCACUGAUGUACUUGGGAUCACACAAUCUUUCCAUGAGAAGGGACUCUUGUGUACGAAAAUGCAUAUGUAGAGUUCCUCCAUGUGAGGAGGGAAUUUUGACCCAAUUCAGAUCCCCUUUUGUGUGGAGAAUCUUUUCACAUGUACAGUGGUACCUCGGGUUACAAAUGCUUCGGGUUACAAACACUUUGGGUUACAAACUCCGCUAACCCAGAAGUAGUACCUCAGAUUGAGAACUUUGCUCCAGGAUGAGAAUGGAAAUUGUGCGGCAGCGGCGCAGCAGCAGUGGGAGGCUCCAUUAGUGAAAGCGUGCCUCAGGUUAAGAACGGUUUUGGGUUAAGAACGGACCUCUGAAAUGAAUUAAUUUGUAACCCGAGGUACCACUGUACCUUGGUUUGUGCAAAGAACUAUAUGGCUAGUGAAUGAGUGCCUCACAGUCUCUUCCCAACCUAUAUGAUGAGAUGCUUAGACAAAGAAUAGAGAAAGGCAGCCCAGAAUUUGUCAAUAUGUUCCUUGGCAAACUCUGGAAUAUUGUUACAGCAGAGCUGUAAAAUCAUUGGGGAUUUAAAUGUCUGUAUGCUCAACCUUUCAGUUGUAUGAACCUGCAAUCAUAGUUCAUAGAAUCAUCUGAAUGCAGCUAGGGUAACCUACAUCAUUAAAAAAAAUAUGCUAAGUGACUCAAGUAAAAGAAUUUUGUUGUUUAGUCAUUUAUUCGUGCCCAACUAUUCGUGACCCCAUGGACCAGAGCAUGCCAGGCACUCCUGUCUUCCACUGCCUCCUGCAGUUUGGUCAAACUCAUGCUGGUAGCUUCAAGAACACUGUCCAACCAUCUCGUCCUCUGUCAUCCCCUUCUCCUUGUACCCUCAAUCCUUCCUAGCAUCAGGGUCUUUUCCAGGGAGUCUUCUCUUCUCAUGUUGUGGCCAAAGAAUUGGAGCCUCACCUUCAGGAUCUGUCCUUCCAGUGAGCACUCCGGGCUGAUUUCCUUCAGAAUGGAGAGGUUUGAUCUUCUUGCAGUCCAUGGGACUCUCAAGAGUCUCCUCCAGACCAUAAUUCAAAAGCAUCAAUUCUUUGGCGAUCAGCCUUCUUUAUGGUCCAGCUCUCACUUCCAUACAUCACUACUGGGAAAACCAUAGCUUUAACAAUAUGUACCUUUGUUGGCAAGGUGUGUCUCUGCUUUUUAAGAUGCUGUCUAGGUUUGUCAUUGCUUUUUCCCCAAAAGCAGGCGUCUUUUAAUUUUGUGACUGCUGUCACCAUCUGCAGUGAUCAUGGAACCCAAGAAAGUAAAAUUCUUUGUUGUUUUAGUUUUCAUGGUGGUGUCCAGCAAUGUUUGCAUAGAACAACUAUUAAUAAAUAUGGCAACAUUUAGAUAAACUGCUUCAAAACUUUUCCAAAUCUUCUCUCCUUUAAAGGUGAAGAUAGGCAAUUUUUCACACACCCUGUACAGAAGUUUCCAUUUGUUUUAUGCAACUUUAUUGUCUUAACUGAACAGCUCAUUUUAGCAUAUAUAGUGUUUCUUAGUACAGUGGUGCCUCGCAAGACGAAAUUAAUUCGUUCCGCAAGUCUCUUCGUCUUGCGAGUUUUUCGUCUUGCGAUGCACGGUUUCCCAUAGGAAUGCAUUGAAAAUCAAUUAAUGCGUUCCUAGGGAAACCGCCUUCAGACCAGGUCCGGGGACAGUCUGUCCCCGGACCUCUUCUGAAGGCUGGGGGGCAAGGGCUUUCUUCCCACCCCCAGCAUUUUAAAACCCCGGGACAGCGGAGGACUUCUCCGCUGUCCGGGCGAUCUUAAAAUGCUGGCGGGCGGCAUUUAAAAUCACCCCGGGACAGCGGAGGACUUCUCCGCUGUCCGGGGCAAUUUAAAGCCCCUGGGAAGGCAGGCAGGGGGACAAAGACUUUGCCCCCGCCAGCCUUCAGAAGAGGUCCUGGACCUCUUCUGAAGGCGGGCGGGGCGAAGUCUUGCUCCCCGCCUUCAAAAGCCCUCCGGGACAGGCAGGCAGGGGAGCAAAGACUUCGCCCCCGCCCGCCUUCAGAAGGUCUUCCCUCCCCCGCCCGGCCCGGAGCACCGUUCCGGAGCCGGGCGGCGGCGGAGGUCUUCCCUCCCCCGCCCGGCUCGGAGCACCGCUCCGAGCCGGGCGGCGGCGGAGGUGUUCCCUCCCCGCCCGGCUCGGGCACCGUUCCGGGCCGGGCGGCGGGGAGGUCUUCCCUCCCCACCGCCCGGCUCGGAGCACCGUUCCGAGCCGGGCGGCGGGGAGGUCUCCCUCCCCCCGCCCGGCCCGGAGCACCGUUCCGAGCCGGGCGGCGGCGGCAGGUGUUCCCUCCCCCGCCCGGCUCGGAGCACCGUUCCCGAGCCGGGCGGCGGCGGCAGGUGUUCCCUCCCCCGCCCGGCUCGGAGGAGCCUUCCGGCCCGGCGGCGGCGGGAGGAGGUGUCCCCGCCCCGCCGCCAGGCUUCGGAGGAGGUCCGAGGACAGUGGGAAGACGCGCUGCGCUUCCCGCUGUCCCUGAGAUUUCCUAUGGGCUGUCGUCUUGCGAAGCAAGCCCAUAGGGAAAUUCGUUUUGCGAAGCGCCUCCAAAACGGAAAACCCUUUCGUCUAGCGGGUUUUCCGUCUUGCGAGGCAUUCGUCUUGCGAGGUACCACUGUACUUAUUUGCAACUGUUCUUAAGUAGUUCCAUCCACAUAUCAAAAGCCUACAAUAGACCAGCCACCUCCCUCUUUUUAUGCUGCUUUAUCACUAUUUUGACUAAUAGGUGUUAAUUAUGUGGUUCCCUCCAUUUUUAGCAAAUCAUAUUAUACAAUCGGAAGAGAAACCAGAGUAUCAAUAUUUACUUUUAUUUGAAAUGUUUGAAGUGGCCUACCUUGUCAUCUGUCUCAGAAUGAAAGGGUAUAGAAGAAGUUUAGGAGAGUUCCCCCGCCGCACCACUGUUUAGUUCAAUUUUUUGAGUUGUAAACCCAAGUUUUCUUGCCAACAAUCCGCUUCCUUCAAAGCAGCAUGCAUGGAUCACCCCGACCCCUGGUUUAUUUUUAGUUACUAGUUGAGGCUACCAUAGAAACAGUGCAUGUGGCAACAGUUUAUAGUUACUGUUUAUAGAUUGACACAGAGGUGCUUUGAAGAACCAGCCCAGUACAUUUGGCUGAAAUCAAUGUUACCGGUAGAUAGGUAACUGGGUAGAUACUCAUAAUUUCUUAACAUAAUGUAUGCUAAGCUAGUGGAGAAGGGAGAGAAGGCCUUUUUAAAGAAAUAUUUUUGUUAGGGUUAGAACUCCAGCUGUUAGUGAAAUCAAAUCUUGUUAAUUGCCUUUUACUGACUGCAUUCAAGUAUUCCUGAUGUAAAAGCCAGACUUCAUUAAUGGCAUCCUGGUGUCAUUUGAUUGCAAGGGCAAGAGUGGUCUUUUUUUGUGCAGCCCUCACAGAACUAAUUUAGGCUUGCCAAAGCAUUUGGACAUGCUCCAUGGCAUUUCCCCUCCCUUUGCUUUGAACUACCCACCAUGGCUGAUUCAAUAUGGCCAAAGGAGGUUUUCUGAGUAGCUCCAGAGCAGUGAUGUGGACUUUCUAGAAAAUAUUCAUAUGCAAAUCAGGGUAAUUUGCAGUUUGAAAACUAAAUGCUCUAGAGAAGGAGUGGGAAACCUCCCCCCCCCCCCCGGCAGGCUAGAUCAAAAAGUGCUCACCCCUCUGAGCCACUUUUGACAGGUUGGUGAAUCCACCCACUUGAUAUUAGGUGAAUCUGAGCCUGCCAGAAGUCAGGAGAACUUGUAUCUGGCACCUAUUGAUUAUUAGUAAUAAGUUUAUGAAACUGUUUUUUUCCUUGUGGAAAAACAAAGCACCAGAAAAUUUCCUUCUCCAUAUCACUGGUUUAGCAGAUGAUUAACACUUCUUUGCAUAAAGGAAUGAUGUCUACUGGCUACUACCCUUAAAGCGCUAUGUUUGAAGAGUUAUUUUCAGACCCUGACCACUUACACCUGGGACUAGAGUGUCCUUUACAGAGGACAGUCUUAUAUUUGAAUGGCUGUCCAGUUCAAGCUUCUUUUAAAUAUAACCAUUAGGAGGGAGAGAGCAGGGUUUUUUGAAGUUGCCCGGCAAAUGUUAGCACCUGGACAGUAGCAUAAGCAGGGAUAUGGGUCACCUGGUCAUAGUCUUGCUCACUAUGUUGAGAUACAGUGUAUUUCUCUUUAUAUUGCAGUAAUUAGUUCUAAAUUUGCAUCUGUGCAUAUAAAUUAGCACAAGCAAAUAUUUUGCAUAUGUGUUCCCAUUUGCAUUUACAGUGGUACCUCGGGUUACAUACACUUCAGGUUACAUACGCUUCAGGUUACAUACGCUUCAGGUUACAGACUCCGCUAACCCAGAAAUAGUACCUCGGGUUAAGAACUUUGCCUCAGGAUGACAACAGAAAUCAUGCAGCGGUGGCGCAGCAGCAGCAAGAGGCCCCAUUAGCUAAAGUGGUGCUUCAGGUUAAGAACAGUUUAAGAACAGAUCUCCAGAACGAAUUAAGUUCUUAACCCGAGGUACCACUGUAUUCUCUUUUUUGGCACUGUAUAAGUGGCUGCCCAGUUAGGACUUCCAAACUGUGGUUUGGCCAUGGUCUCUGAAGAAGACAAACUGAUUCUGGCAGCUCAUUUUAGGGCACAUUUUCUUAUAUCAUAUGCAGGUGCAGCUUGAAACCAGAAAUAUGUAUAUAGAGCAGGGGUUGUCAACCUGGUCCCUACCGCCCACUAGUGGGCGUUUCAGGAUUCUAGGUGGGCAGUAGGGGGUUCUACGGCACAAGCUGAAUCCUCCUUCCAUUGAGCACUGGUGGGCGGAAAGGAAAUUUUACCAUCAAGAAAGAUGCAUUAGUGGGUGGUAGGUAUAAAAAGGUUGACUACCCAGAUAUAGAGAAAUAUAGUGUACAAUCAGCAAUAUAUUAGCUUGGGACAUAGGUGAAUGAGAAUUGGCAAUUACUCACAGGAAGGUACAUAACCAGUUAACCCAGUAGGCCAGUCCAUGUUGAAAAUCUUCAUUUCCACAGUUAUCACAACAUGGCUUUUAGGAACUUAGGUGAAGGGAAUAAAGUGGGUGAUUAUUAUUUUUAAUCCAGCUGUCCAUAUACAGAUGAAAUAUCCAAAUGAACUGGGUAUCAGAAGCAUUUUUGAUAGGAUCAUGUACCAGUUGCAGUAUACAUAGUUUGAUUUUCACUGCUGUGUAAGCCAGCUAAUUGUGACCAUUUAUUUGCAUAUUGCCAAGUCAAUGGUGAUUUUAUUUCUACCCUGAUUAUUGAAAGUGAUAUGAAGCUUUCUUACUGCAUUCUCAACUUGAAGCAUGCUAAUUAUAUUGAGUGGUGACCACCUAUUGUAUUGAAAUUUGUAAAGAAAAUUCAGGAGAGGUCACCCAUAUCACCCCUUCUACUGCUGAUUACAUCUUAUUCUUUAUGUUACCUGAUUGUAGCUGGCAAUAAGGAGAUGGAGAACAGUCUCACAGUAAAAUGACCAAACUUCCAUAGUCAACUCAGAUCAAAUCAAAAGUUGAAAAAAACUGCAGUGUGGGGGGAAGUGGUCUGUUAUCUAAGAUCUUACAGGUUAAUCAGAAAGAGUACAAUAUUAUAGUUAGAAGAUACCACAAGGAAGGUGAAAAACAUGCCUUUCCCCAACUAAUUCAGAUGACAUUAAAAAAAAAUGCCUCCUGGCCCUCAAAAAAAGCAACUGCUUAUAACAUGAGGUAGACCAAAUCCAGGGGAAAGUGGCCUGUACCAUCCACUCAGCUCCGACAGAACAGUUUGCUUGUGUGCAGUAUGUAUGUCCUGCAGAUCGAAACCUCAAAGGAUCCAGAGAUCUUGCAAGAUUCUGGCCUUUUAUUUGCUCUCAUAAAAGGGGAGAGGCUGCUUGGGCAGUAGCCACUGUUCUACUCAGAGCAGACCCAUUGAAAUUGAGAGACAUUACGAAUUUAGAUACAUUCAUUUCAAUAAGUCUACUCUAAGUGGAUCUUUUGAGGACAUGGCCUCUUGUCACUGUGAGAGUCAUAUGCAGUCACAUCACUGCUGAGGAAAAAGCAGGGAAGUACCAUGAGAUGUUUCCUCCUGUUGUGCAAACCUCCCCACUGUACACAAACACCACUGCAGGCUGGGUGAGGGGACAAUUUGGCUAUGUUGUGUUGAGGCUGGAAGCAGGGAUAGAUGCUAAUGUUAUGGAGGCUAUGUCUAACCUAAGAGCUAGUAGCACUUCCUUGUUCCCUCCUAGCCUUACAUAGUAAUUGUACCCAGGAAAAGCAGCAAUCAAUUAAAAAUAAUAUAAUACACACACACACACACACAAGUCAGUGCUGCUGUAGAUGUGCACCUGGCUUUAUCCCAGUUGCCAGUGUGCAAUUAUUUGUUGUUGUUGUUUAGUCGUCUUAGUUGUGUUUGACUCUCCGUGACCCCAUGAACCAGGGCAUGCUUUGGAAACUCACUUUCUUCUCAAAGCUUCUCCUUUUUUAUGUCCAUGGAGUUUUCUUGGCAAAAUACUGGAGUGGUUUGCCAAUUCCCUCUCCAGGUGGAUCACAUUUAGUCUAAACUCUCGGCUAUGACCUGUCUGUCUUGGGUGGCCCCCCACAGCAUAGCUCAUUGCUUCUUGGAGUUAUUCAAGCCCCUUCGCCACGACAAGGCAGUGAUCCAUGAAGGGGUGCAAUCAUUUACUGUAGGCCUUUUAGAGAACUUUGUUACAAAUGUUACAAACAUAGUUAAGAUUAAUAAAUUAUGGUAGCCAUAGAGAUGUGCCUGAACACCAGGCAUCCCUCUCUUCAUUGGCAUAGCCGCGGGGGGGGGGGGAGAGGCAGCUGCCCCCAUCAAUAAAAAGCAAUAAAAAUACAUAGCUAACUGAGGUUCUGCCCUCCCCCCCAACAAAAGGCCUGCCCCCCUAACAAAAAUCCUGGCUACACCCAUGCUCCUCUCCAUAGGGUUGUACCAUUUAUCUUGGACAGAACCCUGCCAUUCUUAAGGGACCCAAAAAGGAGUUACCUCCUAGGAUCCCCUCUUGCCAUUCAGCUCUUCUCCCUCUGUACUGCUAUUGCCACCUUUCUAGUCUCAUAGUGAUGAUCUUUUCCUCCUUCUGUCCCUGGCUGAGGAGUUGAAGGGUAGCAAGCAGGAAGGGUGGGUGGUGAGGGCAAGGCUACUUGCCAGUCCUCAUUGCAAAGCUCUUUGUCAGCCAACUUCUCUGAGUUUCCAGCUGCCCACCAUAAUAAAUUAAAACAUUUGUGUCCCCAAGGAGAAAGCUGCAGCAAGGUCAAACAAUCUCUUACCACCAUUGGAGUUAAGGGAUCAAUGAGAUUGCCGCAGGGGUGAGGGAGUAGGCAAAAUUCCCUUGCGUACCCCCCCCCAUAAUAGUGGACACCUGGAGUUUCAUCUGUCAACACAGCCUUUUGUUUCCACAGGCAUUUGAAAGCCAUCUGGGCUAUGAGGACUCCUGAUUGAAUCUGGUAGUCUUAUCCUAGCAGUAACACUGACUUAGGAGAGCCCCCCCCCCCCCCCAGUUGAUACAGUAUUAAUUUUUCAUGCAUUUAAAAACGCAGUUCAAAUGGUUGUGGCUUGAAAGUUUUGUAGAAAUAAAUGUGGAUUGUGGUUAAUCAGAUAAAGGAAGGCAAGGUUAAGAAAUGGGGGUAAGGACUGUGCAAAAACUUUUCAGUGGUUCAGUUUUACAGUUUCAUUUCCUUUUAGUUAAGUGAGAAAUGCAGGCCAGUUAUGUUUUGUGUACAUAUAUGUAAAAUAUACGGUGUGCAUAAAAGCUUCUGAGUAUAAGGGGAAAACUUUAACACUUCAAGUACAGAAAUUCCUAGGUACCAAAAUCAUAUAUUUAGGGAGCUUGGACAAUGGGUGACUGAGGUUCUUCCAGUCUGAAAAUACAGUUUUAAAAUAGAUCAUAAAAGUAUGUGCAGGAAAGCAGUUGAAGGUGAUCAAAAUCUCAUCUGCUGCAGAUGCUUUGUAGCAUCUGAAGCAUCAAAUGUUUACAGUUUGCAAUAUUGUUGUAAGAGUGGUUUAAAAGCUGUAUGUUGAGUAUAUUGAAAGAUUAGGCAUAACAUAUCUAUUUGUGCUCCAGUGGGUUAGUUCAGAAAGCCUUCGUCUGUGACUUCCUCCUUUUAGUUGCAAGUUGAAAAGGCAGCAAAUUGUGUUAUGUCCUGGAUGAUGAAAUUUGAUUAUCUAGUUCACAUUGUAAAAACAAAGCACAAGUUUGUACAGCAGCCAUUAUCUAUUCACAUGAUUUUAAAAUGUUCCUUGAAAAUUAAUUUUCUUCAUCCCAUGUAAAUUAUUUUUUCAGGAAGUGGGUUGUCUGGGGGGGGGGGAUUCACUCUGGUUAAUAAGUAACCAUAUGGUGCAUUUGGUAAUGAGAAUGCACCUCGCUAUACCAGUGUUUCCAAAUUGGUGGUCGGAUCCACAUAACCCAGCUAGGGAGUCCAUGACACGUACCUGUCAACUGCCUGGGACAUCCCAUCUUUGGGCAUUAUGCUCUCAUGAGCGUGACCUGGAAGACACACACCCCAGUUUUGCACUAGGAGAUGUGGGAGGGUAUGGUGGCAGCAUUCACACAGAGAUAUAAGUAUUUUCAAAAGUAGAGGAUCCAUGGCUUGGCUUUUGAAAAAUAGGGGGUCCCCAGUACUUGGCUAAUUGGGAGCCACUGCUCUAUAUGUUAUAUACCCAGUCAUUUAUUUUUAUUAUUUUAUUAUUUAUUAAAUUUAUAUACCACCCUUCAUCCAAAGAAGGAUGUUUUGUUAGAACAAAAACAAAACAAUCACCACCACCACCCCAGAAACACAUUUAAGAGGCAGUAGAAUAUUAAUCAUCCAAAGGCCUGGUUGGAGAGGAAAUAUUUGAAAUAUUUGUUAUAAAUGACAAUCAUAACUAAAAAAGUAUAAAAAGAUGUAUAAUGAAGGGACCAGACCAACCUACCUGGGGAGAGCAUUCUGCAUAUGGGGAGCCACUGCAUAAAAAGGCUUAUUCUGGUGUUGCCACCCUCCGGAUCUCCCGUGGAGGAGGCACACGAAGAAGGGCCUCCAAUAAUGAUUGCAGAGUCCAGGUUGGUUCAUAUGGGGAGAGGUGGUUGUUGACAUAUUGAGGCUUUAAGAAUCAAAGCCAGCACUUUGAACUUGGCCUGGAAGUUAAUUGGCAGUCAGUGCAGUCACACCAGGAUUGGUGUCAUAUGCUCAAACCAUCAUGCCUCUUUGAUGGUUUCUGCACAAAUCAUCUUCAAAAGCAGCCCCACAUAUAACGCGUUGCAGUAAUCCAACCUAGAAGUUACCAGAGCAUAGACAACAGAAGUUUGGCUAUCCCUAUCCAGAUAGGGGCGCAGCUGGGUCACCAGCCGAAGCGGAUGGAAGGCAGUCUGCACCAUCAAGACCACCUGAGCCUCAAGCAACAGCAAAGUAUCCAGGAGUACUCCAAGCUACAUACCCCAUCCUUCAGAGGAAGUGUAACAGCAUCAAGAGCAAACAAUCUCCCACCCAUCUGGUCUAGGGAGCCACUUACUAACAGUGCCUCAGUCUUAUUUGGAUUAAGCUUCAGUUUCUUGGCUUUCAUCCAGUCCAUUACCAAGGCAAGACAACGGUCUAGCACAUCCACUGCCUCAUCUGCAGAUGUAAAGGAGAAGUAGAGCUGUGUGUCAUCAGCAUAUUACUGACAAUGUACUCCAUAACUUGGGAUGACCCACUCAGCAGUUUCAUGUAGAUAUUAAAUAGCACAGGGGAUAAAAUUGAGCCCAGAGGAACUCACUUAUUGAAGGCAGCAUCAGAUAAAAAGGUUUUACUGUGAACAGUUUGAUUUAAUUAUAUUCCAUACUUGCCGAACGGGAUACAUAAAAGUCAUAAGUUGGUUGACUGUUGAGGAACAAAUAGGAAGGUUUUGUCUUGUUCAAGAAAACCCUAUGGUCUAAGCCUAGUCUAUUUAUAUAUCCAUUUUCCACAGAUACAUUUCUGCCCAAAGUUGUUUUCAUAAAAUAAAGCAUAAAUAUAAAAUAGUAUUAUUGCCAUUAUAUAUAAUUUUUUUAUUAUUAUUUUCCCUUUCCAGAAAUGUCCAUUCUGA